UGUCUGUGAGUAAUAGUUAACAAAUCAUAUGAGUAAUGAGAGAGUUAAAUGAUAUCCAAUUAAGUAUCCUAAUAGUUCAUUAAGUGAUGUCAAAUGAAACGUACAGUAUGAACCAGGGAUUAGUGCGCGCUCCUGUUGCUUUAAAAGGGUGCGCGCCCACGGUUUUUAAAGCUGUCAAUCCCCCUGCGUCACUACUACACGCUUGUCGCGGACGUGAGUUGAGUUUACAUUCAGGGCACGGAGUGAAAAACACACCAAUACACAAUCUAAACAGCUGAACGCACACGAUUUAUAAGGUAACAGGAGAAUGGCAUCUGCGAGUGUAGUGAGUCCGCACAGACUGGACUCGAAGCCGCAGCUCCUGGUGCUGAAACUGCCCGGCGGGAAGAAAAUGCCGAGGAAGUCAUCCUGGGAGAAGAUGAUCAGGAAAGGCUUGGGGAGCGGCGGGGAGUGCGCAUCGAUCACUGCUGGAAGGGAAUUGGGAACUCACUCGUUGUCUUCGGGACUAGCGGGAGAAACGGCGGUCAAAGGAGGCAUGCCCGGUGAAGGAUGCGGAGCUCCGGCCGCCCCUGCUGCGCCACGUAGCCCGGACCGGGACAGAGAGGAGGGCAUCACGGACAGCGCCGGGCACACCACAGGCUGCACACGAGCAAGUCAAAGCGGGCACAUUACCAGUGACCGCAACAGCAACAUUGAGUGCGACUCCAACCACAACACAGGUGGUCGGAGGGGAAGUCUCAUGAGGUCGGGCACCAAUGUCAUGUCAAGCGCAUCGGUUGCGAAUGGGCACAAAGGAACGCAAAGGCGCCGGGACUCGGCACACGGGAGACGGGACUCUCGGAAAGGAGACAACGGACAUCGGAGCAUCUCAUCCUCCGCUACGACUCAAGAGAGCGGAGGUCUCCCGCUGGAGCGCCUCACACAGGGCAGGACCGGAGUCGUGAGGCUGGCCCGUAACGAGCGUCCUCGCCGGGAGGCCUGGUCCAUCUUCCCUCAGGGGGUAGACCCCCGGGUGAGGACAGAGACGGGAGAAGGACACCGGUUCGAGGCCAAGCUCGUUAAGCAGGCCUGGUGUGAUGCCUGUCCUCAACAGAUUACUGCGCAGGCAAUUAAAUGUCAAAACUGUAGCUACACCUGUCACCUGGAGUGUGAGAGUCAGGUCCAGGUGGACUGCAACCAGAGGGACAGGCAAGAAGCUCCAUCUCCCAGAAGCCACUGCUCCACAGCUCCUCAGCACAAGAAGAAUGAGGGAAAGGAGGAAGACGAGGGAAGGACAAAAGACCUGUCAGAAGAAGAAGUGCGGACCAGAAUAGAUGCAUAUAAUGCUCUAGUCUCUGAGAAUGGCAUGAAACUGGCUUCAGAUGGAGCUUACACAGGUUUCAUUAAGGUACACCUGAAGCUCAGUCGACCUGUCACAGUCCCCCCUCUUGAGCAACAGGGCCCAGAGGGAGCAUCUAGGCAGACAGGUGGCCGCAACCGAGCAUCAUCAGAGGACCACAAAGGGACGGAGAGUGGGCAGAGUGACAAGAGAACAUCCUUCUACUUACCACGCAACUGUGUGAAGCAGCUCCACAUCAGCUCUUUGACCACGAGCAAAGAAGUCAUUGAGGGCUUGCUGAAGAAGUUCAUGGUUUUGGACAAUCCCUGUAAAUUUGCAUUGUACAGGAGGACGCACCGUGACGGACAGGAUCUGUUCCAGAAGCUUCCUCAGUGUGAGCGACCUCUUCUUCUGAGACUGAUAGCAGGGCCUGACUCAGAGAAGCUCAGCUUUGUCCUUAAAGAAAAUGAGACUUCAGAGGUGGAGUGGCAUGCAUUCUCUGUCCCUGAACUACAAAACUUCCUUGUAAUCCUGGAAAAGGAAGAGGCGGAGCGUGUGCGAACAGUGGAGCAUAAAUAUUCCAUAUACCGAAAGAAACUACAGCAAGCCCUACAACAACAUGGUCCCUGACCUCCUCACCUGUUACCUUAUAAUCUCAACCCAGGGAGAGACUGAACCCUUUGAACGCUGACCCCUCAAGACCCCAUGAUCUAUUCAGAGACUGGAGCCAGAGCUUAGCUGGUCUCCACCCUCCACAUAUACAUACAAACAUAGAUGCACACACAUCCACAGAGGCAUACCCUUUCUCAGGACGCAUACAAGCCCCCUCCACCCCCCCACCCCCAACAUGCAUACAUUCGGAAAGAAUUAGGGGGUUGAAAGCGACGUGAAAGGCUACAUGGUGUAUGGACUGCUGGCAGGUCUUCAUUGCCAGGGAGGCCCCACACAGAAAGAUCUGCAACCCUGACUUCAGAUAUUAUUUGGGACUGAAAUGAAUCAGUGGUGUUUUUAAAGAUUCCCUCUUCUUCUUCUGCUACUGCUGCUGCUGCUGCUACUGCAAGUGUUACUUAUGCAUGAGUCUCUCUCAGCUCAUCCCCCUUGCACAGUUAGAAUUAAAACAGAAGGCAUGAUUCCUUUUUUAGCAUCUAUUUGGAAUGGAAGGACAAUCAUACUGAGUGUUUGUUUUUGUUUCUUUCAUUGCAAGUUUGGAACAAAUUUUUGUUGCUGGAAUAUGAGAUGUGUGGAUUUGUGUGGGAGGUGUUUAGAGUCCAGGUUUGAGCACUGUCCAUCAGUGCUGAUGCUUAGGCAACAAAAGAGGCUGUGUCUUGAGUUGGGUGUUGGAACAGAGUGGAAUGCAAGAACAAGAGAGCAAAACCAUUCUCUGAUUUUUCUCAGGGAGCCCGUGUUGAGCAAAGACAAAAGAAGGAAAGAGAACUCUUUUUCACCUUAAACCAUCUUAGCCCAAAAUCUACAUUUAUUUUAUCUGUAUGAUUCCACAUUCCUACUUUAACAAAAAGACUGUCAGGUGCUUCGCUAACAGAAACAUAUUCAAUCAGACCCAGUUACCACCCAUCCUCCAAACAAGCAGACACGUGCACAAACAUAACCUCUCCUCAGACGAUAACAGUGAUUUCGUUCUCAUUUCUCCCAUCUUAAAUCCAAAUCUCACCAACGAUGCAUGAACUCCACCUGCAAAUGAAGCAGUCUGACUGAGGCAAUUAUCAUUUUCCAUAUGCUGUUGUUGAUACAUGGCUUGUAUUUGAGUGUGAGAAGAUUUUUUUUUACACCAAAGCUUAGAGGGACAUAUCUAUUGAGAGGAUUUUAAAGGGAUGAGAGAUGUUUAUCGAAUUAAAGGUGAUGUAUGUAAAAAUGAAACCAGCUUCUGUUUUGCACAUGUAGAUGCAGGUCACUGAACAGUCCACAACGCUGUAGAAACAACAGGGCUGGGCAUGCAUUUCUGUUUUUCCUUCCACCCCAAUCAACAAAAAACAAACAAAAAAUAUAUGAAAUUCAUAAUAAUGGCUAUGAUGUACCAAUGAUGUGUUUGCAAUGCAUAUGUAUUAUGUAGACACUGGAAAAAGAGUAACAAGGUUUAACUUUGUUGUUGUUACGAUGAAUAUUAAUUUUAUUAUUCUUUUGGUAUCAUUCCUUCUGGUUGGUGUGUGUGUGUGUGUGUGUGUGUGUGCUCAUCUUGGGCAGUGAGGAUAAUGUGAAUAGUGUUUUAUAUAAUGAGUGUCUGUGUGUCAUCAGCGCUCAAUCAUUUGGCCUCACUUAUUAAGUAUUGAAACAUGCAUUGAAUUCACAUGUAAUAUACAACAUUACAACUCAAAAUUAGGAUGUUGGAUUAAAAAAAAAAAGUAUUUGACAUGCAUGUAUCAUCAAAUUAAUGCAUUUAACCAAAGCAUUUAACCAACUUUCACAUACUCCUUUGUUCAUUUAUUUGAUAGAAAUACUGAUAAAUGAGGCCAAUUGUCCAUAAGCACAUUGCUUCUCAGUCAACCCAAACCUGCUAAUUUUAUUUAGCCCCACCACCCAAAGCCCAAGCUGUUCCUGCUGGCAGUGCCUUUUGUUUCAUGUGCCCCUGUGUAUCUAUGUACAGAGUGUUUCUGCACACAGGUGCCUGAGUGUAUGUAUGGGUGCUUUUGCAUGUGUGCAAAUUUGUGUUGGGUGGUGUUGUACAUGUAAUUUUUCUUUCUGCCCCUGACCCUUAACACUCAUGUGUCUUUCCAACGUAUCCUACAUAUGUAUGUGUGUGUAUGCGUGUGUGUGCGUGUGGUGUAUGCAUCUGCGUGUUAUUUAUUUCAUGGGUCACACCAUCCACAUGUCAAGGAUUUUGAGACUUAAUGCUUUUUUUGCAAUUUAUUUUGUUUUAUUUGAAGAGGCGUGUAUAAAUACAUCAGUAGAACUGUACAUAAUAUCAAAAUGAAAUAAA